AUGGGCGAUGGGGGCGCGGAGCGGGACCGCGGCCCCAAGCGCGGUGGCCGGAGCGGACGCCACGGCGACCACAAUGGAGCGGAAGACUUGCGUGCUGACACGGGUAGCAGGAGUCCAAGGGAGGUUGCGGCGACCUCGGUCUCCAGUCCCGCAGGCUCCAGGGAGAGCGGCGCAGACAGCGACGGACAGCCGGCGCUCGGUGAGACGGACCACUGCCGCCGCAUCCUGGUACGAGAUGCCAAGGGAACCAUUAGAGAAAUUGUCCUGCCCAAGGGCCUGGACCUUGACCGACCCAAGAGGACCCGCACCUCCUUCACGGCAGAGCAGCUGUAUCGUCUGGAGAUGGAGUUCCAGCGCUGCCAGUACGUGGUGGGCCGAGAGCGCACGGAGCUGGCCCGCCAGCUGAACCUCUCUGAGACCCAGGUGAGAGUCAGGUCAGGUUUCCGCCAUUUGGUGCAGGUAUCUGGGGACUGUCUUGGUGUAUGAGGCCAAGAGCUGACAUGGGGGGCAUGACUUGGGAGGAACAUACACACGUGAGGGGAAAACUUAGAGUCACA